AUGGACCAAGAAUUCGAGAAACUAGAGAUACUCUCGCUUGUCAACAGUAUCACGAAGGAACUUCACAACCAUGUCGGACUUCAGGACAGCACCCUCGCAGAAUAUUUGAUCUCACUCCAUGAAGAAUCGACCUCAUUCGAAAAUUUCAAACUCAAACUCCAAGAGAUCGGCGCCGAGUUCCCAGAAAGCUUCAUCACCAACAUGGAUCGACUCGUGACCAGCCUACAUCCCAAGUACAAGAAGAAGAAGCUGCCAGCUGAAGGCAAGGGGAAAGAGAAAGACAUCGAUCCAGCGGAAGACGAGGAAGAACUCGAACGGAAAAAACGGCGAGCUCAGGCCUUAUUCCCUGCACUGGCGCUUCCGGAUCGCUCCUGGGAACCAAGUUUCGUGCCCGAUCCAAAGGACGCAACAGCCAAGAAUACUUCAACUGCAGAUCAGCUACUAGAAGAACUCGAACAUGUUGGCAGACGGCAUAGAGAACUACAAGCGGUCCGCGAAGAAGAGCAAGAAGAUGACGCCAGCUCAGAUUACAAUCGUCCCACAAAGAUGCCCAGACGAGACCGAUCAGCAAGUCGUGAAAGAGGAAGGCGCUCCCCGGAGCCUAGAUCCGGACGUUUCAGAGAUGAUUAUUCGGGUGGCCGGUUUGAUGACCGAGGACGACAGCGCGAUAAUGGCUACGGCAACAGAGCAUCAAAAGCUCCAGAUACUCGUCCGGUUCUAUACAAGAUUUACGACGGGACUGUGGCCUCGAUCAAAGAUUUCGGAUGCUUUGUCACCUUAAAAGGUGUCGCCGGAAAGGCUGAAGGGCUAGUACACGUCAAUGCUAUUGCAGCUGGGAGAGUCAAUCAUCCUUCCGAUCUGGUGUCCAGAGGGCAACCCGUCAAAGUCAAGGUGGUUUCGAUUGCGGGCGAGCGGAUCGGAAUCUCAAUGAAAGAUGUUGAUCAAAACACGGGAGCAGAUCUAACCCCGCAUUUAAGAAUCAAGUCCGAUGCUGAGAUGGCCGAGGAGGAAGCUCAAUAUGCGGCUCGACACGUCAACCACAGCGUGGGUGCCGGUUUUGCAGACGAUAACCGCUCUUCCAGUGCUCGUCGUCUCACCUCACCCGAGCGAUGGGAGAUCAAACAACUGAUUGCUUCAGGGGCGGCCAGCGCCGCAGAUUAUCCAAACCUCGACGACGAUCUCACCACUCCAGGAAGCACGAACGGGAUGGCAGCAGCGGCGACGGCAGAGGAGGAACUGGAUAUCGAGAUGAGAGAGGAUGAGGCCCCGUUCCUGAAAGGUGCUCAUCGCCGAGUGCUCGACCUGAGUCCUGUCAAAAUCGUCAAGGCUCCCGAUGGUACACUCAACAGGGCUGCGUUGGCUGGUGCUGGUUUGGCCAAGGAACGGCGAGAGCUGCGUCAACAGGAAGCAAACGAGCGGGCGGAUGCAGAAACUCAAGAUACUAGCACGGCAUGGCUCGAUCCAGUGGCCAAACCCCACGAGCGACUCUUCGCCCAAGAUGCUAGGGAUAAUACUAUGGGCAAGAAGCAAGAAGAGUCUGGCUGGAAGCAAGCUACGUUCAACCAAGCCACAACCUAUGGGAAGAUCACCUCUCUGAGUAUUACGGAACAGCGGGCCAGUUUGCCUAUUUACAAACUGCGAGACGCGCUGGUCAAGGCCGUCAAGGAAAACCAAAUUCUUGUCGUCGUUGGAGAUACCGGGUCGGGCAAGACCACACAAAUGACACAGUAUCUGGCGGAAGAAGGCCUAGCAGAUGAGAAGAAGAUUGCCUGCACCCAACCCCGUCGUGUGGCAGCGAUGUCGGUAGCUAAAAGAGUGGCUGAAGAAGUGGGGUGUAGGUUAGGUCAAGACGUAGGUUACACGAUUCGGUUCGAGGAUUGUACAAGUUCAGAAACGAAAAUCAAGUACAUGACCGAUGGAAUGCUCCAAAGAGAAGCUCUGGUCGAUCCCAAUCUAUCAGCCUAUUCGGUCAUCAUGUUGGACGAGGCACACGAAAGGACGAUUGCCACAGAUGUGCUCUUUGGGCUUCUAAAAAAAUCCAUCAUGCGUCGACCCGAUCUCAAGUUGAUCGUUACUUCAGCUACACUGGACGCCGAAAAGUUUUCGAAAUACUUUUACUCCUGUCCGAUUUUCACCAUCCCCGGUAGGACGUAUCCGGUCGAAGUGCUCUACACCAAAGAACCCGAAAGCGAUUAUCUUGAUGCUGCCCUGAUUACGAUCAUGCAAAUCCAUAUCUCUGAGCCACCGGGAGACAUACUCCUGUUCUUGACUGGACAGGAAGAAAUCGAUACUUCUGCUGAGAUAUUGUAUGAGCGGAUGAAGGCUCUGGGAUCACAUGUACCAGAAUUGAUCGUCUUGCCAGUCUAUUCCGCGCUGCCUUCGGAGAUGCAAUCCAAGAUCUUCGAUCCAGCCCCUCCCGGAGCCCGAAAAGUGAUCCUAGCCACGAACAUCGCCGAAACAUCGAUCACGAUCGACGGGAUCUACUACGUCGUUGACCCUGGGUUUGUGAAGCAAAAGGCAUGGGACCCUCGACUGGGAAUGGAUUCUUUGGUCGUCACUCCGAUCUCUCAAGCUCAAGCCAGACAACGUUCUGGUCGUGCUGGUCGGACCGGGCCGGGAAAAUGUUACCGACUGUAUACCGAAGCCGCCUAUCGAAACGAAAUGUUGCCGACUUCGAUCCCCGAUAUCCAGCGUCAAAACUUGGCUCACACCAUCUUGAUGUUGAAAGCCAUGGGCAUCAAUGAUCUGUUGAACUUUGAUUUCAUGGACCCUCCUCCGCAACAAACCAUGAUCACUGCCUUGGAAAACCUGUAUGCGCUCUCUGCUCUGGAUGACGAGGGUUUGUUGACGCGCUUGGGCCGGAAGAUGGCCGAUUUUCCGAUGGACCCCGAGUUAUCAAAAAUGUUGAUUGCAUCAGUUGACUUGGGCUGCUCGGAGGAAGUCUUGACGAUUGUGGCGAUGAUCAGUGGUGCGACAAAUGUGUUUUAUCGUCCCAAGGAGAAACAGGCGCAAGCGGAUGCCAAGAAGGCCAAGUUCCAUCAACCAGAGGGUGAUCACCUGACACUCCUGGCAGUAUAUGACGGCUGGAAAAACAACAAAUUCAGUAAUCCUUGGUGCCACGAAAACUACAUUCAGUCUCGGGCCAUGAGAAGAGCGCAAGAUGUACGGAAGCAAUUGCUGGGUAUUAUGGACCGAUAUAAACAUGAUAUCGUGUCCUGUGGAACAAAUUAUGAUCGGGUCCGUCGCGCCAUCUGCUCAGGUUACUUCAGACAUGCUGCCAAGAAAGAUCCCCAGGAGGGAUACAAGACGUUGGUUGAAGGAACUCCGGUGUUCAUUCAUCCCUCUUCUGCGCUCUUCAAUCGCGCCCCCGAAUGGAUCAUCUAUCAUGAAUUGGUCUUGACUACUAAGGAAUAUUGUCGUGAUGUCACCGCUAUCGAGCCGAAAUGGCUCACCGAAGUCGCCCCGACUUUCUUCAAAGUGGCCGAUGCCAAAACCAUGUCGAAACGCAAACGGAACGAAAGAGUCCAACCCCUGUUCGACCGAUUCGCCAAGAGCGAAAACGAAUGGCGUAUUUCGAAAGUCAAACGCAGUACUCGGACCAGUCAAACGUUUGGUUAA